AUGCAAAAAGCAAGAGCAGAACUCAGCAAACUGGAGACUGUGACUCGCAGCCUCGUCUCCUGCAUCGAAUGUCCCAUUUGUAUGGAAACCAUGACGGAGGCUGCAAGCGGUUGUUGCGGUCAUUGCUUCUGCAUCGGAUGCUUUGGAUGUUCGUUGACAUCCUCCUUCAGCUGCCCUACUUGCAGAGAGCCAGUCAAGGGCCUUGUGCGUCAGUUUGCAGUUGAGCAGAUAGCAGCACACAUCCCGCUGCUAAAGGACAUUGCUCUUCAGUUUGGCGUCCACUUGGCCCAAAGAGAAAUGGAUUUGGAUGCACGUAGGCGUUUGGCAGAAGUCGAAGCAGAGCUGCAAAAGGAAAGGUGUCGGCUGGUUUUGUCAAGGGCUGCGUUUGUAAGCCCCAUAGCAAGACAUGCCGUUGGAGCUGGACCGGAAGAUGUGAAAGAUGUGGAAGUGAUGCCGGUGCUGAGCCCGGAAGCCACUGUGGAAAUCAUUGGUGAAAACACGUCCGCACCUGUGCGCCUGUUGUACUCGCCAGGUGUUCAGUCCCUGCUCUCUUUGCUGAGCAAGUUGCAGAACACCACAGAAGAGACAUCGGGUACCUGUUUGCAAGCAUUGCUGCGGAACAUUCCAAAGGUGGUGGAAAAUGUGAGCGAGCAAGAGAUUCCCAGUGACCUGGAGGGAGACUUCGAAGAGGCCUUGCAAGCCCUACCUGAGAUCACUACAAGCGGAGGGAACUUUGAAACGGAUACAGCUGCAGGGCCAUUUCUUCAGAAACUCAGCCGCUUACGUUUGGUCAAGCGGCUGCCAGAAAUUGCUCAGCGCUUAGCGCCUUUUGAAGUCCUUUAUCCCGAUUCCCUUGCGAAGCAGAGCAAGAUCGAAACUCAGGAGCUGAAGGAGGCCUUUGAAAAGGCUUCCGCCGAAGUUCGAGAAGCAGACCCUUCGAGCUGGUCUGUAGCGGAGUUUGAGGAGGCUGCAGAGCUUUUCGAGCGAAACCCUGUCUGUAAAGAGGUCGGAGAUUCGGUGUCCAAGAACAUUGAAGAAAGCUUAACCGAGUUUUACGGGCAAACCACGACCUUUGCUUUGGGAUUUCUGCUAGCUCAAAUUCUCUUCUUUGGAGCCCUUGUGGCUGCAUGCUGCGGGGCCUUUGGUGGUGGAGGUUCCAGCGAUGCCCCUGUAGCAGAUGUGGGGCUUCCUCUCUACACUUUAGGUUACAAAGAGUUGGAGCAUCGCUGGGAAGAGCAGCAGCUGCACAUCCGCGAGCAAGCACAACAGAUCCAGGACACCGAGAAACGAAUUCAGGAGAUGCAGCAGCGCUGGGAAGUUGAAGCGCAAGAGGCGCAUCGACAGGCCCAACAGUUGCAAGAGGAGAUGGCGUUUCUGCGCCAGGGUAGUCAGAGAACUGAGGAGACGCUGCAAAUGGCCAAACAGUUGGAGCACGCCGUAGUCAACAUCAUGGAGCACACCCAUAGCAUGAUCAGGGCCAUCAUUGGAUCUGGAUGGCAGGAGCUGUGUUUGCCGCCUUCUGGCGAGAGGGUGCAACAGAUGUUAGGCCUCCUUCGAAACUCUGGCUUUGCUGAAUUCGGAGUGGUGCGCGACUGCCUGCAAGACACGGGCCAGGAGUGCAUGGGCAACAUGUCCUUGGGCAUCUCCCCGGACCUGCGGUUUAAGCUGGAAUACUACGGCUCCAAACAGCACGUCUUCAACGAGCUCGAAUUAGAAGGUACUGUACAGAUUGAUGGGGGUCAGCUGACCUUCCUCGUGGCAAGGUCAUCAUCUUCUCAGCAUGACGGACAAGAUUCUGAAGUGCAGAAGAUGGCAUUGCCACCGCUCCAGGGGUUGCUCUGCUGCCAUGGGGCGAACACCUGGAUUGUGUUGCUGGACUUUAGCGCCUCUGCGCAGAUCAGUUUCUGA